AUGCGUGAAGUAUGGACGGGAAUAGGAGAAACCAAACAGGAUGUGGAUCAUGAGUAUGAAGCAGACAAUAAUCGGCAGAUGAAGACCGAGAUUGUCAAUUUCUCCUUCAACAUAUCUCUACAGAUGUUCUUUGUUAUAUCCUCAAAGCGAACUGCAGAUAGUUUCUACAUCCGUAAUGAACAGAUACACAACAUAAAUCGACGGGUUAAUGGACAGGCAUUCAACGAGACGGGUCGAUCGGGAUCCCCUUUGCAGCUCAAAAGUAAGGACUUCAAAUUUUCUGCAUUUGGGGACGCCCAAGGCCCCGCGGAGUUUGGGAGUGAAGAGGAACUUACCAAAAAUGCACUGAUCGCAUGGAAACUGAUGAAGUAA